GUAAAGCGCCUUGAAAGACCUGCCCAGCCGGAUUAGACAGCGCUAUAUCGGGCUCUCGUCAGACUCAUCGCCGUUGGGCGGGUCACACUGCUAGCACUCACCAUUCACCUGAUCGACACAAAGAAAAGCGCCUUAAAACCGGCUCGAUUUAAAAAGUUUUCAUAGUUCGUCUCGUCAUUAGCGUUUCUGUUUGGACACCUUCGGAAGCUAUCGAGUGUAAAUACUUUGGCUUUUUCGAUUCACGCGACGCUUUUGAAACUUUUGCCAGCCUAACGACAUUUGGGGACGAAAUGGGGGAUACUGAUGUUCAGAUGGAGAGUACUGAGCAAAUGCAGGAGCCUCACGCUUCAAGCUCGGACAACAAAAUCGACUUGUCAUUAGAUGACAUUAUAAAGCUGAAUAAGAAGGAACUGAAUGCGAGCCGAGCUAAAACUAAACGAGCUGCUAACAGGAACAACGUCUUGAAGAAACUCAACCAGGUUCCCCAGCAGCAGAGGGGACUCAGACGAGGAGCACAGCAGUACCGAGGGCCUGGCAGGGCGAGAGGUUUGAGGAGACAAAUGGGAUCCGGGAGGGACAUGAUGUCAAGAAGGGGUUCAUUAAAUAUAGCUGCUGCCACUGUCACGAGUGGUGAACUGUUUGAUCAGACCACAUUCACAUCAAGGGGGACAUUCAGAGGAAGAGGAAGAGGGAGAGGAAGAGGAGGCGGACUGAGCAGGGGUGCAUUGUCAGCAAGAGGACAGAGGGGUGGAAGACCAUUUCUAUUAGACAGAGGGUUUACUGCUACAAACAGAGCUGAGAAAUUACAAAAGUAUCAGACGAUAAGAAGUCGAAGAACAGCACCAUCUGGCUCCACGCUCACAGUUUCUCUGCCAAAUGCUAAAUCUGCACCUGUCGCUGUGAAUACAUCUAAUCAGGCUAGGAGGGGUGGGGCAGUGUUAAGGGGCAGAUCAUCUGGAGGUGCUGGUACUUCUUCACCUAAGGGGAUUCCUCUGCAAUUUAACUACAAAGCAGCCACUAACCAGACUGCCGUAUACCUUAAUGACCGUUUCACUGACCUGAGGUUAAGAGGGCGAGGACGGGGCUGGGGAAGAGGAAGAGGAGCUCUUGGAGGAGGUGGAAGAGGCAGAGGAAGAGGAAAUAUCAUUGGUGGUGGACGAGGUAGAGGACAAGGAAACAUUAUGGGUGGUGGCAGAGGCAGUGGAAGAGGAAAUAUCGUUGGUGGUGGACGAGGAAGAGGACAAGGAAACAUUAUGGGUGGUGGCAGAGGCAGAGGAAGAGGAAAUAUCGUUGGUGGUGGACGAGGAAGAGGACAAGGAAACAUUAUGGGUGGUGGCAGAGGCAGAGGAAGGGGUGGGUUUGGUGUGACAAGAGGAGGAAGAGGCUUGAGAAGAGGGAGGGGAGGAUCAAGAGGAGGCGAUCGAACAGUAACUCUUCAGUGAUUACAAUUACAACCAUUCAGUUUUAUGAAGUAGUAGUGUUUACUGUUUGUGCUGCACUGAAAUUUCCACAACCAAUAAUAUUGGGGCGAAACAGAAAAAAAGAAAUCAGUUUAAUCUGAAAUAGUUUUGGAGGCCCGAAAUCAGUGACAUUUAACUACAGCUGGUAACAGUCCAUUUACCAAAAUUUAACUGACACAACUUUUUUUCAGCUUCAGUUUUCAGGUAAUUGUUUAGUUUUGCUAAUAAUAAAAAAAAAAAAAAAUUAUAUAUAAUUUGGGUGCAUCUCUUUUUGCUGUAAUGAUGUCGUUCAACUAAAUAUUUAAAAGAUUUCUGUCAGUGUACAAACAAAAAUUUUCCUUUUUGAAGUAAAUUAUUUGAUUGUUAUAUGAUGAAGGUUUUUAUAGUUUUAGGUUAUGGAAAAAUAUAAUUAUGAAUGGUACCUCAGAGGGUAAUAAAAUGAAAGUUGUUUACAUUUUAUAUCAUCAUGUCAAUAAACACCAAACAAUGAACUCCA